UCUGAGUAUUCGCGGAGCUCAAGAAGAAGAGCCGCCCGAUCCACAGUUGAUGCGGUUGGACAAUAUGCUGAUAGCAGAGGGCGUGGCAGGGCCAGAGAAGGGCGGAGGAUCGGCGGCGGCGGCAGCAGCAGCAGCAGCGUCGGGCGGAGGACUAGGCCAACCGGAGAAUGCUAUCGAACAUUCAGAUUACAGGGCGAAGCUGGCUCAGAUCAGGCAAAUCUACCAUACGGAACUUGAAAAAUACGAGCAGCAGGCAUGUAAUGAGUUCACAACGCACGUCAUGAACCUGCUCCGAGAACAGAGCAGGACGCGACCCAUCGCCCCCAAGGAGAUCGAGCGCAUGGUCAGCAUCAUCCACCGCAAGUUCAACGCCAUCCAGGUCCAGCUGAAGCAGAGCACCUGCGAAGCUGUCAUGAUUCUACGCUCAAGGUUCCUGGAUGCCAGGAGAAAACGAAGGAACUUCAGCAAGCAAGCAACAGAGAUCCUCAACGAAUACUUCUACUCCCAUCUUAGCAACCCCUACCCAAGUGAAGAAGCGAAAGAAGAACUAGCAAGGAAGUGCGCCAUCACGGUAGCACAGGUUUCCAAUUGGUUUGGUAACAAGAGGAUCCGCUACAAGAAGAACAUCGGCAAGGCCCAAGAAGAAGCCAACCUCUAUGCUGCAAAGAACGCCGCCUCGGCCGUCUCCAGUGUCAACCCGUCCAGCCAAUCGCAGGCCUCGGCCGGCUCCCAGGAGGGUCAGUCACCGGGCACGCCCACCUCGGGCUCGGGAGGGGGCGGUGGCUACGGCAUGUCAUCGGGUGGGGGCAUGAUGGGAAGCAGCGGAACAGAGUACAUGGGGAUGCCGAAUGGAGACAGUUACCAGCUGCCAAAUCAAGUGGGUGCCAACGUUCAGUCCCAGGUGGCGAGCUUAAGACAGGUCAUAUCACAGACAGGUAGCUACAACAGCGACAGCCUGCCCCCUCACUCCCAGCCGCCGUCCAUUUACAACCCCUCAUCCCUGGGCCAGUACCCUUCAGGGAGGGCUAGCGGGGACAUGGACACCGGGUCCCAUGACCGUAUGGGUAGCGGUAGCGACAGCCAGCACACCUCACCCCGGGGUGGGGGUGACGACCGAAGCAGCAACGGGAACGUCAACGAGGACGGCAGUGCCAGCUGGGCUGGCGGGCAAUCCAACCUCGACUUCAGUAUUCAACCGAUAGAGGGCGCUAACUUUGACGACGGCCGGGAUUCACGCAGCAGUAGUAAACACUGAGACACUGCUCGGAGACAGUGUGAACCUCCAGAUUUUUUUAGGACUUUCCUUUUUUAUCUUUCGCUCUAUCUAUGGCCCUUUUUUAUGUUUUUUUUCACAAAUAUCAUUUUUAGGGAUGUUUUUUUUAAUUCUAAUAAUUACAAACUGUAUUCAGACUUUGGUAGUUUAAUUUCUUCCAUUUUACUCAAUUAUGUUUUCAAGUAGCAUACAGAAGCAGCUGUGUUUCAGAAUUCAGAAUUUUUUCUCACAUAUUGAAACAUUACACAUGUUUUGGUUUGUUUUUAUUCAAAAGAGCAUAAUUUGCAUUUAUUGAUUCAAAUUGUGCCAAAAAGCAAAAAGUAAUGCGAUGAUUACAUCUUUUCAAAAGUAUUUAUUGCCAUUAUUUAGUCUUUUCAGGGACAAAAUAAGUAUGUAAUUCAAAUUAGAUUCUGAUUUCAAUCAAUUUUCAAGGGGAAAAUUAUGGCUGUAGUAUAGACCAUCCAGAAUAUUACAAGUUAACUAUAAAGUAAAAGUCUGAAGGAAUAUAUUCCACAAUAGAGAUGUUUCAUGAUUGCCAAAUAAACAAAUUUGCUUUAAAAGGCAAAAUUGACAUGAACACCACUCAAUAGCAGAGAAAUUCUUCCAAAACACAAUAUCACAUCAAUUUAGCCUUUCCUUAAAAAUAUUCCUAUAUCACGUAUCCCCGCUGUCUACCAAUUAAGUCGGUGUAAAACUUUGCACCUUAAAAUUGUCAAUUUAAUAAAGACUUGUCUUGAACACAGAAUUAGUAUAUACUGUAUGUCCUGAAAGAGAAUCUUCUCCUAAAGUAUCUUCUCGCCUUUUUUAUGAGGUAUGUUUGUGCUUGGUCAAUCAGGAGGUAUCCUGUUCUGUGAUGUAAAAUUUGUAUUUUGUCAAAAGGAGAUAUGGCUACAAUAAAUUGAUCUAGAUGUCCGUAAAGUCAUAAUCCUACAUGUACUCUUGUAAUCAGAGUUGCAGUAAAAUUUCAUUGCCAAAUACCUUGUCAACUAAAUUGACAUGAGAUUAAAAAGGCGUUACUAUUACGACAUAUGUAAUAGCAAUCUUGUGUGUUCAUGAUAGGUUUAUUUAAUUUGCAAUUUUUGGAGUGUUAAGUUUGUUAUACUCACUCUGACAUUCAAACUUCUAACUUUCUCCAACAAAGCAACUCGGCUGAUCUUGUGUGGACCUCGUAUGUAAAGGAUUUUGAUUAUCGUAUUCUUUAAAAUAAGAAUUUUUAGCUAAGAGUUCGGACUUUCAUUACUUUUCAGCAUUGUCUUUCGAAGGAGAGGUGUUUUGAUCAUAAAAUGGAAACUUAACAUUUUGCUUUUUAAUAUUUUAAAACAUAUUCACAAGGAAAGGUGGUUAUGAAUCUGUGGCAGAUUUCAUGAAUUAAUGACACUAUUCAUUAGUUUGUAUAUUGAGAAAAGAUCCAAUGAUAAGCUUUCGUCAGUCUUGUUACCAUGGUUUCAGCAUAAAGUAGCCCACAAUAUUGAACUACUGAGUAUACUGUUUUAAUUUACACAUAUUAAAUGGUUUCUUAAACCAUAUCAACCAGUAUAAAUCUAGUGCCCUUCAUAGAAUUUUAGACCCCUUCAUUCUCUGCACACUAAUUCAGACCAUAGUUAAUGUAUGUAAUCUGCAUAAAACUUGGUGUUAGCCACAAAUCCAUAACCUCAUUUGUGAAGUCGUGCCUAGGAAUUUCUUAUCUUUCACCUCCGGUUGCAAGAUGAAUUGAUUAAACAUUCUUCCUUUUAUAACCGCUGAAAUAUACCAAGAUUUGAAUUAGCAUUUCAUUCAUUCAUUCAUUCCAGAUGAACUCAUUCUGUUAAAAUUAUGUUCAUAAACCUAUUUUUCAGUUGUAACAAACCGUAAUAUCGGUAAUAGAAAAUGGAAUCACUGUGGUCUAUCUUCUAUCCUGAUGAGAAGAUGGUUUAAGGGUUGCUCAUGAAAAUGAAUUUGAGGAAUUAAACCCGUUUUUGCUAUUAUUAUUCAUGUUUUCUUAUAAGAUAAUUAUCCAAAAACAGUCUCAUCUGUUCUAUAUAACAUUGGACAGGUUUCAAUUGUACAUAAGAAUUUCAGAAACGACGGUGUGUUUUGGAGAGGAAUCUAAUUAAGACUCUGGGUCCCGUAACACAAAGGUUAGCGAUUAAUCGUACGCUUGCUUUUUACGACUGAUUGUACAUUGUAGUCAAUGGGAUCGAUCGUAGAAAAUUGUUCUACGAUCAUUGCAAUUGGUUACAAAAGCUUUGUGUUACGGGGCCCUGGAGAUUUUCCUUAUUUACCUUACGUUCAAAGGACUACGCAGUUUGGACAUUGUAAAGCUUGAAAGUUUUUAUUUAUAACCUCCUUGCCAACGAAUUUUUUUUAAACAUAGAUGGUGUAAAGUAUUCGAAGAAAUAUUGAAGGCAUUUUGUGAGAAAUAUGAAAUAAUUUUUUUCAGCUUUGUGUCUCUUUCAUUGUACAAAUCCAUUCAUGCUUUUAACAAAAAAAAAUCAUCUUUUGUAUCCUUUAAAAAAAAUUGUUAGCAGUGAUAAAUGAUUAUUGGGGCCCGUUGCAAAAAGGGUUGGGUUCAAACACAACUUAAAAAAAAUCAAGCGGAAGUCCCUAGUAUGCAUAUUUCAUUGGUUGAAAGUCGAGAUGGGAUUGAUUUUUGAAGUUGUGUUUGAUCGCAAUUCUCUCUGAAACAGUCUCGCUCUUUUUAUUUUGCUCAUAGAUACACUGAAUUGUGUUUAUGUUUGUGAAUUAUGUUUGGCUCUUCGUUGAAAUUGCCAAAAUUCUGGGCUGUGGUACCUUAGGUUGGGAUAGGGGUGGGGCGUCGUUAUUGAGGGGAAGUUCACCCCGACAUAGAGUUGGUUUUGAUAAUUCAAAUAGAAAUACAACGGAACAUGCCAAUGAAGUUUGGGGUAAAAACACGGAAAGAGCAAGUUAUGGAUUUUUAAUUUUAGUCAUGUGACAUCACAUGCUAACAGCCCCCCCCUAUCACGUGAUAUAAAUUCCAUGUUGUUACUUUCAGUCAUGGGCGGCAGAGCAUAGAGCAGGGGAUUAUCUUAUGUGUUUGGGGGAGGGACGCAACAAUAGAAGCCCCCCCCCCCCCCCCAUGAACAAAGGAUGAACCUCUGCACCAACACCCAUGCUUUCAGUCAUAUAAUUUUUUUUUUAAUGUGAAGCUAUGACAAAGUCAAAGCUGCUCGCUUAUGACGUCGCAAAGUCAAAAAUUCACAACACUUAUUGGGAUUUUCAUCAUUUCUUCACAUAUUUUUCAAUCCAGCUUUUAUGAAACUGGACUUUUCGUCAGGGUGAACUUCCCCUUUAGAGGCCAGUCAUCCGGCCAGUCAUGUAUCACUGAAUCAUUGGAGAUCAUUAUUAGCUAUAACGGAUAUUGUAGUUGCAGCUUAAAAAAAUAUAUAUAUUAACAUUGUAUUUGUUACAAAGUGGGAAAUACGGUUAUAUUUCUCAAACCACACACAAUCUUUCAGGCAAUGGAGAACGCGAAGAAAAACGACACUGCAACAACGUUUUAAUGGCAUAAUGUUGCUUAGGACAUUAAAACAUACCAGAACUAUAACAUGACAAUAGUUCAACUUGGUGAUCAGUUCCAUGUCUGAUGCCCCAUGUGUUGGACUUUACUAAAACCGUUUGUCUCAGAUUUCUAGCUAAUUAUGACAGGUUAUGGUCCUCUUGAACUUCUCAUGGCUUGAGAAAAUUGUGAAGUAAGCAUUAAUGGAGAAAAGGGUUGAUAAUUUCAUGGAAUUUCUUUUGAAACAGAACUAUUUUUCAAUGGGGAACGUUCCCAUAAAAAAACGGUUCUGUUUCGAAAGAAAUUUUAUGAAAUUAUCAACCAGCAUUUCCAACGUUAUGGUCUUCGCUGUUGGAGAUAUUAUUUUCCCUCACCACUUGACUUGAAUUGCCCUAGUCUCAACUCAGGAAAUACAAAACUAGCUUGGGCAAUAUGUGUACGUCUCCUUCACAGCCAGUCAAUGUUGUGUGAUUGUAACAUCAUUGAAAUGAUCAUUGCUUAUUAAUUUUUGCUUGAAUACCUCCAAUUCACCCUUUCUACAUUAAUCUUUAUUUCUAUUUUUGAAAGUUUAGAAAUAAUCGUCAGUGAUACAUGGCUAGCCCAUUCAAAGAAAUUAACAUGAUUUUGAAUAGUUUCAGUAACAUACUGAUAUGAAUAACCGCAUACCAGUAAUAGGUAUUCAGUCGUACAUUGGUUAAAGUUAAAUGAUGAUUUGCCCCAAUUCCCCUUCUGUGUCUGUUCUAGCAUUUUGCGUCCCAGAUUGGAUCUAUUUGCUGAAGUGGCUUAAAGAGUAAUUGAAAAGGGGUUCUCCCUUUCCCCGGGAGUCAAACUCCACCCCACCCCCAUGCUUGUGUUUCAUUACUUUUUAUUAUUAUUAUUAGCUGACCUGCAUUCUAUGAUUUCAACUAGAGUUUAACAAGUUAACAUGUGAGGAUACAAUGUUACCAUCAUGUACAUAAUAAAACAUUGUAUCACUGGA